UUCUCGGGUGUUUGCGUCACCGACUCGGGCCACACCGCCUCCAUUUUGCUUUCACUUGCAUGGCAGCCUGUGUGCGGUGUCGGCAUAAACGGAAGACAAACAGGAGCAAACACGGAGGGGCUGAGAAAUUGUUACCGAAAUGGACGGGAUCAGUGAUGUUGCAGUUGGUGUGAAGAGAGGAUCGGAUGAGCUGAGUAUGUACAACAAUUCCAACUCUGGCAUGAGCAGUAACAGCGAUGGGGCUCCCAAUGGCGGUGAUAGUAAGAAGCUAAGGGUGGAGGAGGCCCCGCCGUCUCGUGUGAUCCACAUUAGGAAGCUGCCAAACGAGGCCUCAGAGGCUGAGGUCAUUGCCCUCGGCCUCCCCUUUGGCAAAGUAACCAAUAUUCUCACACUGAAGGGAAAGAACCAGGCGUUCUUGGAGAUGGGGACAGAGGAGGCAGCUGUCACUAUGGUUAACUACUACUCCAAAGUAACUCCCCUUAUCCGUAACAUCCAAGUGUUUAUUCAGUACUCCAAUCACAAAGAACUCAAAACUGAUGCUGCUAAUCAGCGGACCCAGGCCGUGCUGCAGGCAGUGUCAGCAGCCCAGUCACCAGGCUCCGAGGUACAGGAGGUCCUGGCUGCAGUUUCCAGUCCUGUGCUGCGCAUCAUUAUUGAUAACAUGUUCUACCCUGUAACGCUGGACGUAUUGCAACAGAUUUUCUCCAAGUUUGGCACAGUCAUGAAGAUAAUCACGUUCACCAAGAACAAUCAGUUCCAAGCUCUUCUGCAGUUCAGCGAUCCUGUCAGUGCACAGCAGGCCAAACUGGCACUGGAUGGCCAGAACAUCUACAAUUCCUGUUGCACACUCCGUAUUGACUUCUCCAAGCUGGUCAACCUGAAUGUGAAGUACAACAAUGAUAAGAGUCGCGACUACACGCGACCUGAACUGCCAGCUGGUGAUGGCCAGCCCAGUUUUGACCCCACAGUUGCCGUUGCCUUCAGCAAAGACUCCAGUUCUCUCCUCGGUAAGAUCCCAGGAGCCCUGAACCCUCUGAGUGCGGCGGCAGCUGCUGCUGCUGCAGCGGGGAGGGUGGCCCUCACUGGGCAGACAGGAUCCAGUGGGGUCCUGCUGGUUAGCAACCUCAAUGAGGAGAUGGUUACGCCCCAAAGUCUGUUUACCCUCUUCGGAGUGUAUGGUGAUGUCCAGAGGGUGAAAAUUCUUUACAACAAGAAGGACAGUGCUCUCAUACAGAUGUCCGAAUCCAAUCAGGCCCAGCUAGUUCCUUUAAUACCAUCCAGCCAAUUCAAGUGAGAAGCUGCUCGGGAUGGGUAUCACCACUUCUACGGUCUCCUGGAUUGCUGACUACCUCUUUUACCUUGUACAUGUCAGAUUUCCAGUACCACAGUGAAAUAUGCCACCUGCAGAAGUUUUCUGAUGACACGGCAGUGGUUGGGUGUAUUACGGUUGGGCAGGAGUGGUGAGGAACUAUGUGGAUUAGGCUGGAAGAAGAGCAAGAAUCCUUUAUUGUCAAUACAUGUUCACACAUAACGAAGUUUUGUUUUGGUAACUCGGCACACAUCAGACACAAGUUUUUUUUGUUUUUUUUUAUUGAUUUAUUUUUAAUACCUGUUUACUGAAACAUAUUCCAAUUAUAGUUAUAUAACAGAUAUGGACAAUGUGUAGACUCUCAGCUUUUAUUUGAGGGUAUCCACAUUCAAAUUGGGUGAAGGGUUUAGGAGUUUUUGCUCCUUAACAUGUGCCAAAAGUAAUUAGCUAAUUGACUCAAAGACGAUUUCAUGGCCUGGUGUGGGCAGUUCCUUCAUGAUGUCAUUAUCAGUUUAGCAAAUAAAAGGACUGGAGUUGGUUUGAGGUGCACUAUAGAACAGUUGAAUGGACACUAUCUGUAUGUGCAUGUGUGCAGAAAGUCACAGAUAGAAUUUAGAUGUAUUUCACAGGUCUGGGAAAGAAGCUGUCUCUCAGUCUGGUGGCGCGUGUUUGCAUGUUUCUAUACCGCUUACCAGAUGGAUGCAGUUUAAACAGUCCAUUGCCAGGGUGGGUGGGGUCUGCAGUGAUACGUCAGUGCCAGAGAUGGCAGCAGGAUCAAUAAAGUAAUCCGCAAGGCUGGAAGUAUCAUAAAUCAGAACUUGGAGGCAUUUGAGUCAUUGAGGGACAGGACUGCUCUCCACCAUGGACAACCCAUCACACCUUCUCCACUCCACACUUCUGAGGCAGAUUUAUAGUCUACAUAUUAUUCAUUAAUGCAAUUUACACUUCUCUCUUACACAGUGCCAGUCUUACGUUUACUGUUUUAACCAUUUAUACUUUUCCUUGUUUUUUUGUCACUGUUGUAAAUGGUGCAGGAAUUUUUAUAUCUCAUAAUAAAAGGACCUUAUUGGACACCUGUGACACUCUUUUUUUUUUUUUUUUUAACUGUUGUUUAUUAUUGUGUAUUGUAGACUCUACUAUUUUUACUUUAUCAUGCUGCUGUAACACAAACAUUUCCCUUAUGGGCUCAAUAAAGUAUCCAUCUAUUUAUUUAACAUAACAAAAUGCUCUUAGUGCUGUGUUUGAGAUCGAAUGCAUUCCCCGCUCGCCCCUGUGGGCAGUCUUUAUCCUCCAAGCUCGGGUCCUCUACCAGAGGCCUGGGAGCUUGAUGAUCCUGCACAGUAUCUUAGCUGUUCCCAGGACUGCGCUCUUCUGGACAGAGAUCUCGGAUGUUGUUCCCGGGAUCUGCUGGAGCCACUCGGCUAGCUUGGGAGUCACUGCACAGAGUGCUUCGAUUCACUGGAACCACUGUUACCUUCACCCUCCACAUCUUCUCACGCUCUUCUUUGAGCUCUUGGUAGUUUUCCAGCUUGGUUAGCCACCACCAUUUUGUCUGUCUGUAUCUGGAAGUCCCACAGGAUCUUAGCUCGGUCAUUCUCCACCACCAUUCUCCAACACUGAGGUCCUAGUUGAUUUGCCAUGAAUGUGGAUGCUGGGUAUCGACAAUUCCAUAGUUCCGUCAUCCUAUUCAUGUAACCCCUUCCGCUGGGGUUACUUGCGUAGUAGCAUUCCAACAGCUACUGUCUCUUACCCACCGAUGCCGUCUUGUUCCAGUAGUACUUCCCAUCAGGGUGCCCUGGUUCCUCAACACCUGAUGUGGACCUUUUAAUCCGAGUAACGUCCGAGCCAGUAUGGCUUUAUAUUUAUCUCUCUCGCUCAUCCCCCACAUUCAGACACUCGUAUAUUAUAUAUGCCAGACGUGUCGCUAUAAAAUAGUCACUAAAUAAAUACAAAAUGAAAUACAUAAUAAUAAUAAUAAUAAUAAUAAUAAAACUGUGUGAGAAUGAUAGAUAUAUUAAAACCUUAAACUAAAACCCUACCAAGACUGUUGAUUGAGAUAUGUAAUGUACAUAUCUCGAAGAGCAUCUCUUUCGUUGUGGCUACGAUUAGCACCAGAUUGUUCUCGCUACACCAGCCCACAAGGUGUUCAACUUCUCUCCUGUACAGUGAUUCAUCCGCAAAUCAUCCGCAAACAUAAUAAUUAGGUUCCCCUCAUAUCUGGAUGCACAGUCGUGUGUUAUCAGUGCAUACAACAGUAGGUUGAGGACACAGUGGGGUUUGGAGAUGUUUUUCCCAACACGGACAGACUGAGGUCUGCAAGUCAGAAAGUCCAGGAUCCACAGACAUAAAUGUUUGUGUUCAGGACAAGUAAGAGGAGUUUCUCAGUUUCUUUGAAGUAAUGGUGUUAAACGCUGAGCUAAAAUCAAUGUACAGGACUCUAGCAUAGGUGUCUUUGCAGUCCAGAUGGGUGAUAACAGAAUGCAAGGUGGAUAUUGCAUCCUUUGUGGAGCAGUUGGAAUGAUAAGCAAACUAGAGCGAAUGUUGCAGGAAGCCUGGCUAUGAUGUGUAGUUUGAUAAACUGUUCAAAACACUUCAUCACAAUUGGUGUCAAUGCAAUGGGAUGGUAGUCAUUUAGACAGCAUAUGGGUUUCUUUCUGGAUGUUUCGUCUGUAGCUCAUUCAUGGCGUCGUGUACCCCUUCAAGUGACUCAUUAGCAGUGGCCUCGGUAUUAGCGCUGGGCGUUAUGUAAACAGCAACUGCGAUAACAAUGGUAGAUUCUCUCAGCAGGUAGAAUGGCUGGCAUUUCACAAUGAGAAACUCUGCCACAUUAGUCACACAACACUGCACUCAGCUGGCAUUAACGCAUGAUUUUUAAUAUAAAUUAAUAUAGAUGCACAGACCUCCGCCUCGACACUUGCCGGAGCUAGCUGCGUCUCUUUCCACUCGGAACAAUGUCAUUCCCUCCAGGUGUAUGGCUGUCCGGUAUGUUAUCCUGGAGCCAUGUUUCCGUGAAGGCAGUCUCUCCACUCCCUGUGGGCUUCUCUCAGCAGACGUAGCUUGUCCAGUUUGUUGUCGAGGGAGCGGACAUUGGAUAAUAUGGGUGAUGGAGGUUAGCAUUUAGCUUACCGACUUAAUAUGUUCAAGUCACAAUCAAGCAUUGUAGUUCCAACAACGUACUUUGCCCUGAUUUUUAGUAAGGUCUCUUGGCCGUAAGUUUUACAGCCAGAAUGUUGGAUUUGCAAACACACACAACUUCCACUCUCACUUGUCCCUAGACGAGCCGCUGCAUCCACGCGCACUGCCAUCUUACAUUACAUCUGAGUGGAUGUGUUGAAAGAUUUCACUGUGUGUGAAAAUGGCAUAGGAAUGUAAAAACUUUGGGAUCUGUUGAUACAUAGCAUUCAUCCUUCUGAUAUUUCUUUUACCCCCACAAAAG